AUGCCUAUUUCUUAUGGUAAACUGUCCAUCUUUUACCGUUACCUAGUUACCCAGGUUCUUCUAAGUGCACAAGCUGUAGAUGCAACCGUACGGAAACAUGCUGAAGAUACUUUGAAACAGUUUCAGGAGCAAAAUCUUCCUGGUUUUCUGAUAUCCCUUUCUGGAGAGCUUGCUAGCGAAGAAAAGCCAAUUGAAAGUCGUAAACUGGCAGGUUUGAUUCUCAAAAAUGCUUUGGAUGCUAAGGAACAACACAGAAAGUAUGAGCUUGUUCAAAGAUGGUUAUCAUUAGAUGUGGCUGUGAAGGGCCAAAUCAAGGCAUGCUUGUUACAAACCCUCUCCUCUCUGGUACCUGAUGCUCGAUCAACUGCUUCACAAGUCAUUGCAAAAGUUGCAGGUAUUGAGCUGCCACAGAAACAGUGGCCAGAGCUGGUAGGAUCCCUCUUGUCAAAUAUUCAUCAGGUCCCACCUCAUAUAAAGCAAGCUACCCUUGAAACUUUGGGGUAUCUGUGUGAAGAAGUUGUUCCAGAUGUUGUUGAUCAAGAUCACGUAAAUAAGAUACUUACAGCUGUGGUACAAGGCAUGAAUGCGAAUGAAGCUAACAAUGAGGUCAGGCUUGCUGCCACCCGAGCUUUGUAUAAUGCUCUUGGCUUUGCACAGGCAAACUUUUCCAAUGAUAUGGAACGUGAUUACAUAAUGAGAGUUGUUUGCGAGGCCACUCUCUCCCCAGAGGUGAAAAUUCGCCUGGCUGCUUUUGAGUGUUUGGUCUCGAUUGGGUCAACAUAUUAUGAGAAAUUAUCACCAUACAUCCAAGACAUUUUCAACAUCACAUCGAAGGCUGUCAGAGAAGAAGAGGAACCAGUGGCUCUUCAGGCCAUUGAGUUUUGGAGCUCAAUUUGUGACGAGGAGAUUGAUAUUUUGGAAGAGUAUGGAGGUGAAUUUACUGCAGAUUCUGAUGUUCCGUGCUAUUAUUUUAUCAAACAAGCUCUCCCGGCACUUGUUCCUAUGCUGUUGGAGACUCUUCUCAAGCAAGAAGAAGAUCAGGAUCAGGAUGAAGGAGCUUGGAAUCUUGCCAUGGCUGGUGGAACUUGCCUUGGUCUGGUUGCCCGUACAGUGGGCGAUGAUAUUGUGCCGCUUGUCAUGCCAUUUAUUGAAGAGAAUAUAACAAAACCUGAUUGGAGGCAGAGAGAGGCUUCCACAUAUGCAUUUGGUUCCAUAUUGGAAGGUCCUUCGCCCGAUAAGUUAACCCCUAUUGUCAAUGUUGCUCUAAAUUUCAUGCUCACGGCCUUGACCAAUGACCCAAGUAGCCAUGUGAAGGACACAACUGCAUGGACCUUGGGGAGAAUAUUUGAAUUUCUCCAUGGUUCAAGUGUGGAAACACCCAUUAUUACUCCAGCAAACUGCCAACAGAUUAUUUCAGUUCUGCUCCAGAGCAUGAAAGAUGUUCCAAAUGUUGCUGAGAAAGCCUGUGGUGCUCUCUAUUUUCUCGCACAAGGUUAUGAGGACUUGGGAUCAUCAUCUGCUUUGACGCCUUAUUUCCAAGAAAUUGUUCAGUCGCUCCUUAACGUCACUCAUAGAGAAGAUGCUGGGGAGUCACGACUUCGGACUGCUGCAUACGAGACACUCAACGAAGUGGUAAGGUGCUCAACUGAGGAAACUGCCCGGUUAGUGUCGGAGCUUGUUCAAGUCAUCAUGGCAGAACUUCACAAGACUCUCGAGGCACAAAAACUCUCGUCUGAUGAGCGAGAGAAGCAGAACGAAUUACAAGGCCUUCUCUGUGGGUGCUUACAGGUCAUUAUUCAGAAACUAGGGGCUUCAAAUGCCACUAAGUAUGCCUUCAUGCAGUAUGGAGAUCAGAUGAUGAACCUUUUUCUCAGGGUUUUUGCUUGUAGAAGUGCCACUGUCCAUGAGGAAGCAAUGCUUGCUAUUGGUGCAUUUGCCUAUGCAACAGGCCUCAACUUUGCAAUAUACAUGCCUGAAUUUUACAAGUACUUGGAGAUGGGUCUACAGAAUUUCGAAGAGUAUGAAGUUUGUGCUGUAACAGUUGGUGUCGUGGGUGAUAUCUGCAGGGCAUUGGAGGGUAAGAUUCUGCCUUACUGUGACGGGAUAAUGACCCAGCUCCUCAAAGACUUGUCUAGUAACCAGCUUCACCGAUCCGUAAAGCCCCCAAUCUUUUCAUGCUUAGGGGACAUAGCACUGGCUAUUGGAGAGAAUUUUGAGAAGUACCUAAUAUACGCAAUGCCCAUGCUCCAGAGUGCUGCGGAAUUGUCUGCUCACACAUCAGGGCUUCAAGAACUCUCCUAA